AUGAGUCCAAACGGUCUGCGCGCGCGUUUCCGGCAAAAGCAGAGCGAGCCGCCCACGGGCAUUGAGCUCGGAACCGCAUCGGCCAACGCGUACUUUACGUCGAAACGCAUCCGACAGCGCGUACCGCGCAAGACGAAACCUGCGCCUCGAGACGAACGAGUGGCUGUGGUGGCUCAGGCAGCGCAACAAGACGGACCGGCUGUGCACCAGGACGACCAGCAGCUGUUUCUGGCGCAGGCCCAAAGUGGGUACGACGGAAUCGCACAAGAGAAGGGACACGUACGUGCACUGCAAGUGCCCGUGCCGCAACAAGUGAUUGCCGAACUACGAGCGCGCGACAACGAGCGCGUUGGGGCCUCAGUGAGCACACGUUUCGAGCAGCACUUUGCAACGUGGAAGAGUGAGGUCCUGGCGGGCUACAACCUGCUGCUUUACGGUGUCGGGUCGAAACUCGCCCUCUUGCAAAACUUUGCGGCUUCGUGCUUGAGUGACAGUGUCGUGAUCCAGGUACAUGGCUACUUGUCGCUCGUCUCGCUCAAGUAUGUGGUCGAAACGAUUCAGGAAAAGAUCUUGCACCUUGAAGCAAAGCCGAACCAGUCGCUUGUUCGACAGUGUCGAGACAUUGCGUUGACGAGACCGUCGUCAUCGUCGCAGCACGUGCUGCAAGUGUACCUGAUUGUGCACUCGAUUGACGGCCUAGCGCUACGUCACCCGGAAACUCAGACGUGCUUGAGUUGGCUCGCGAAAGCCCCAUUCAUCUCGCUUGCUGCAUCCAUGGACCAUAUCAAUGGCCCUUCUAUCUGGAAAGAAGAGGACUUUGAUCGAUUCGAGUGGCUCAGUCAGAAGCUCGAUACGUGCGAGCCGUAUACGGACGAGAUCGAGCUAAGGCUGACUAAACGGUCGAAGACAGCGGAUGCUACAAGCAAUGGCGUCAAGUUCAUCCUACAGAGUCUCACGCCAACGGAUGUGGCGACGCUGCAGGAGCUAGCGCGCCAGCAGCUCGCGGCGUCCGCUUCGACUAAACGAGGCAGCCGAAAGCUCAAAGGCAUGCAUGCACCAUAUCAGUCAGUGUACGAGGCGUGUCGUCGAAAGCUGUUGCAUGCUACGCCGCUGGCGAUGAAAAACUCGGUCAAGUGCCUCGAGGACCACGGAUUGCUGAAACAGAGUCGUGUCAACACUGUGGAGUACCUGGAGAUCCCUCUGUCGGAAUCGAUCAUCAGGGCCGACAUCCUUCGUGAAGAGACCGAAGGUGACUCAACAUACGACGACCUAAACAAGAGGAAUGCGUGA